AUGAAUGCAAAUCAAUUGAGAAUCCCAAAGACAUUACAUUUUGCUGAUGAAAUAUCUCAUCUUAAUAGUAAUUUCAUUAGUGUUAACUCGUAUAAUCAAAACCCUACGUCAACGUCAACGUCAACUUCAACACUAGCCAAUCCUAGAUCAAUUAACAAGUUCAUUAAUAGCACUCCCAAGCUUCCUCUAGCUGUUAAUCAAAAUUCAAAUUCAUUAAUAUAUGAUAUUAUUGAUUUAUAUUUGUUACCUGACACUGCCCCUGAAGAAUUAGAUAGUAAGACCCUAUCUGCAAAUGAUAAACACAAUGUUCAACCAGCAUUAUUUGCCUCAUUACAUAAAGGAUAUCAUUAUUUCUUUGGUAAUGAUUAUUUACCAAGUACCUGUAAUUCCGUCAAUGAUGAAAACACCAGAGUCGUAUUGGAUAUGAACAUGAACAUGAAUGAUGCAAACACAGCAAUUUAUCAUGACGAAAAUAUUGAAACACAAAGUAUUAAUAUGUGGUUUAAAAACAAAUCAGCUGGGGUUUUCCACAAACUAAAGAGUUUUGGUCAUAGAUCCUCCUCCACUACUACGAACAGAACAAAUUUUAAGGCUGGUGAAACGGUUGAUGAAAAAUUGAAAAGUUUGUUUAGUGAGACAACCAUAGAAGAGAAUAAUUUAAAAGAAAUUGUUGAACAACGACCUAAAAGAAGAGUGACCAUUCAAGAAAAAGAAGAUAUUAUUUUCCCCAAUUAUUAUGAACGUAAAUCACCAACCAGGUUUAGAAGAAAUAUUACUCGCAAAUUGAGUUCAUUCAGAAGAAGCAACAUCUAG